GUAAAUUCAGAAGAGAUGGAUUUGGAAAGAGAUUUGAAGAUAACGGAGAGGCUUAGUGGUUUGUUACCAGACAAACAUCGUUGCAUGUCACGACUCCUCCGAUGGUAACAACAUCAAAACACAAAAGUGGCUCGAUAAGUGGAGGCGCCGCUUUUAAUGAAUCUAUUAUUCUCCACUCUCGAUUAUAGUAUUGUAUCGUGGAGAAAUGGAGAUGAGUUUGGGUAUCAGACUAACAUUUAUCGAUUGUUCCCCUCUUUUAAUGAAUCCAUUAAUUUAUCUGACUAUAUCUAUGGACUUAGUUUUGUUAUAAAAUAUAAAUAAACAUAUACCACACAGACAAUGCUUUUUUGAUAAAUGUAUCUCACAUGAACAUUGCGUAUUGACUUGGUUUUGUUUUAUAGAAUAAGUAUGUAUUUGAUUUUGGUAACUAAUUUAAUUCUUAGUCUUUCAAGUUUCACAAACUAAUAUAACUAAUGUGGGUUACAAAGUAUUUUGAAGAAAUAAAUAUAACUAAUGUGGUUAAUGUGGAUUUUGUGGGUAAACCGCUGUGGCUUGUGGGUAGUGGUUAACCACUAACCACAAAAAUCAAUAUAUUGCUAUCCACACCCAACCCACUAUCCACAAAUUGUGGGUAUGGGUAUCCACAAAGUGUGCAUUGUGGUGCGGUUUGCGGGUUACCCGUAACACGCAAACCAAACUUCCACCCCUAUUAGAAACCAUCCUCUCAAUUGCUAGGCCAAUGAAAGCAUUAUAGGCUACAAUUGUAGCCCUCUUGGCUCAAGCAAUCCAGGGUUGACUUACCUUCUCCCUCAAACCAAGGUUUGGAGGGCGUAAUCACAAUUAACCUAGGUGUCUAAUUCAAGUUUAGAGAUUUUCCCUUCAUUAACCUAGUUAGGAGGCAUGGAAUGCCUAAGAGAACUUAGCUCAAUUUGAGCCUCUUAAGAUAAGGGGGCUUCUCUCUAAGCUAUGUUAGAAUAGCACAAUAGAGUGCCAAGCACACACAAUGCACAAUCACCAUGAAAAAUACCUCAAUUCUUAAAUUAAACACCACCAUCACGCAAUCAUUCAAUCCACACAAUCAAUUACAUGGUAAAAGUUAGGGUUCUACAACACCCAAGUGAAAAGGAAAACUACUCCAUGCUAGACAAAGGAAGAACACAAAGGAAGAAGAAAGAAACCAUCAUUGUGAUGCCUCCAACUCUCCUUGUGCUUGUAGAGAUACUCUCUUAUAGAGGAACUUCCAAAAUCUUCACUUGGAGCAAAACCCUAGCCUCUUCUCCCUCUUGGUUCUUGCUUUCUCUCUCUAGAGUUUCAAGAAGAAGAGUGUUUUCUCACUUUGGGCUCUCCUCUCUUCUUCUUUUCAGCUCUCAAUUUAUACACAGUUCGCGCCCAAUUCACGGCCGUGAACAUCAGGCUCGGGCCGUGAACAAAACGCGUCACUUUCAUUUGUUGAGUUCGCGGCGCAUGGCUUCAGUUCACGGUCUUACUAUCGUGAACGGCCUCGGCGUCAGUAACCUCUGAAACUCCUCUGGACGCUCUACGGUUUGUUGUUCUAGUUCACGGUUCUGACGACCGUGAACUUCAAGAUCUGACCGUGAACUGCGACUGUAUCCUCCUCUUCGCCCGGGUUUUGUGCCUUUUUUCCAACUUUAGACUCCGGGGUUGGUUUCACCUGUUAGACUCUGAAACACAUUGAAACACAAGAAACCUAGCGUAAAACCACCCUUUUAGGAGCUCAAAAGCAUCAGACGUCAGAGAGAAACGAGGAUAAAAAGUGUACAUUUAGGCCCGAAUCAAGGUCAUCGACAAACAUUAGAUGAGUAAGAUUUAACCUUUUACACAUAGGGUGAAAUGGAAUUAACCCUCUAAAAGCCCCUGAUGCAUUAAACAAGAAAAAACCAUGCAUUGCUAUGGCAAAUAGGUAGGGGGAUAAAGGAUCCCCUUGCCUUAAACCCUUCCUAGCAGAUAAAUACCAUGUCAUACCCCCUUUGAAACCAACACUGAAUCUAGGUGUAGUAGUGCACAUCCCUAUCCAUUUAAGAAACUUUUGGGAAAACCCCAUAGCUUCCAUUAUAGUUAACAAGAAACCCAAUCAACCGAAUCAAAAGCUUUCAUUAAAUACACUUUAACUAUACUCCUAGGGGAAACAUUCUUCAAAUUAUUUUUUUGAACUAGUACGUGAGCAGGGAGAAUAUUUUCCCCUGUUAAUCUUCCUUUAACGAAAGUUGUUUGGUUUUUGUUAAUGACUGCAGAGAGAACUAAACUCAAUCUCUAAGCAAUAAUUUUAGUUAUACACUUGUAAAUAAUAUUACAACAAGAGAUUGGUCUAAAAUAUUUCAUUUCCUCCAGGUCCUGAGUCUUAGGAACUAAGGUGAGUAGAGUGGGAUUUACCUCUGAAUGGAUGAAAGAAUGGCUAAAGCUGAACUCAAUAGCAGAAGUUAGCUCAGUCCCAACUAUAUUCCAAGCAGCUUGAAAGAACUUCACUGUAUACCCAUCCGGACCCCGGACUUUGACCUCGUCAGUAGAGACUAGUCGACAUAGACCAGCCUGAUCAAAACUCAGUUUUUUCACAAGAAUGCUACUAAAAAAAUCCACCGAACUUCACAAGAACUCAACUUGAAAAAAAUUUACAUUCAUAAUAAUUUAUUAAAAAUAAAUUCACAGUUGUUAAUAAUAUUUGUUUGCUUUGUUGAAAAUUUUAAGAUUGAAUUAUUAUGUUUAUUAUGUCAUUCUUGUAUGUUCUAUUUAAAUUUCUCUUGUUAUAAGAUAUAAGUUUGUUGAUAAUUUUUUAAUAAUUUGAUACCUAUUAACCACGAAAGCAUGAACCACUCGUUACAACGAUUCAUAUUUCAAUUGGUUAUAAUAAUAUUUCUAUACUAUAGCGCACGGACGAUUCUAUCAACAAUUAACCAUCGAUUCCAUCUAGCUCCGAAGACAUUGGCUUGGGAAAAUAUUUGUCAAAAAGAAUUAGAAUUAGAAAAAAUGCCCAUUAUCCAAAUAAAAAACAAAUGAAACUGAAAAAUAAAAAAAGAUCGCUAAAACUAAAAUUUCAAGCCCUAAUUCACAGUCGAGCUAUAGCAAAAGUUGCAGAAGGGAGCCGUCUUCACAUUCUUUCACCCUUCCUGCCGACGGAGAACGAGCGCCGAGGCUCUGUUCGGGGAGACGCAUCAACCUCUUCUCUGGUAGGGUAGUUGUAUUUCUCCGAUCCUCUGCCCACCGCUUCUGCUUCAAUCCCCUGGAAAUCCUUUUUCCCCUCCGCCGUCAUCGGAACUUCUGGCCAAUUAUUUUUCACUAGCACCCGGAUUCUUCCUCACCGGAAAUUCCCAAUCGCCAUCCCCAAAUAUUUGCAUCGUAAUAAGUUUUACCUAAGAAAAACGCAAAGAAACGCAGAUACACACACGCACACCCACUUUCUCUCCGUCUUCCUCAUUUCUCUUUGUAUUGAUUCCGUUCGCCCCGCCUUAACAAACUUCCUCCAAUUUUAGGUUCUUUGCCGCCGAUUCCCGUCGGAGUUGGCUGCCGUCCUCUGAAGCAGCUCACUCUCGCCCUUCCUCUCUGGUGCGUUUAAUUUCAUCCUCGUCUCCGUGGUUGCUUUGCUUAUUUUGUUUGCAUUCCAUCCGAUUCUUUCUGCUGGAGAGAAGAAUCUUGAAUGUAAUAAUCUAGGGUUUUGUGGGUUUGAUAUGAUUUAAUCUUCGGGUUCCUGGUCUUAGUCUGAUGAGCUUGCGAUGGUUCGUUCCGUUAAAGAUGGAUCCGCCGCCACCUGUGUGUCCUGAAUUGUGAUCAUCUUGUCCGCUUCUUUCUCAGUUCUCCGUUUGCAGCAAUUUUCUCUUUGCAAUAGAACUUAUUGGUUUUGCCCAUCCGCAGGUGCCUGUUCAUCGAAAUAGCAUUACAAGAAGAAAGAGGUUACUUCAGAUUCCCUAGAUGGGUCGUAAGAAGCCAACUGCCCGUGACGAGGAUAACCCUCCCGCAGUAUCUCAGGGAGGUGGAGGGAAAUCGAAGAAGAAAGCUCUAGUGAUAGAUGAUGAUGAAUACUCCAUUGGCACGGAGUUGUCUGAGGAGUCUCAGGUGCAAGAUGAGAAGCCUAUUAUUACGGGCAAGAAGAAAGGUAAAAAGGCAGACAAGAAAAGUUCACAGGCUAAGCUGGAUAGUGAUGAUAAAUCCUUGGAGGAUGAAGACGAUGAUGAGGUCCCUGACAUUGUGUUUGCUGGGAAAAAGAAAUCCAAAGGUAAGAAAACCGGAGGGACGAGCGCAUUCUCCACAUCGAGUUUCGGACUACUCGGAGAUGGAGACGAAGAUGGUGGCGAUGAGGAUCAAAAUGAUGAGGUUAACUCCGAGUUAACAGGUGGUAAAGAUAGCGAGGAAGAGGAUGAAUCAGUUGUGAGUUUCACUGGGAAGAAGAAGUCCUCCCAAAAAGGCAGUAAGACCGGUGGUAGCUUGUUUAGUGCUUCAGCUUUUGACGCAAUUGAUGAUGGUGAUGAGGACAGCAAGGUUGUAGACAAAGAUGAUGGUGAUGUUGAAGAUGAGGCUUUGACUGUUGAGUUCACUGGGAAGAAAAAAUCUUCCAAGGGUGUUAAGAAGGCUGGUACUGUAUUUAGUGAAGCAGCUAGUUUUGAUAUUCUAGAUGAGAAUGUAGAGGACAAGGAUGAUGAUGAUGAUGAUGUUUCCAUGAUAACUUUCUCUGGAAAGAAGAAGUCUUCAAAAAAGAAGGGAACUAAUACUAAAAGUGAGGAAAAAGAGGAAGUGAAGGCAGUUGAAGAAGUUGCAGACACUUCAAAGAAUAAGAAGAAGAAAAAGAAGAGUGGAAGGUCUGCAAAAGAAGAGGACGAUUUGGAUAAGAUUCUUGCGGAACUUGGAGAAGGGCCAUCAGUUCCAAAACCUUCUGCGCUGCCUCCUGUGGAGGAGAAAGUUCAGGUUCAAUCUGAACCAGUUGCCGAGACAGUUGGCAAAGAGGUGAAGGAUGGAGAAGUGGAAAAGGAAGAGUCUGCUGCAGCCAAGAAGAAGAAAAAGAAGAAGGAGAAAGAGAAAGAAAAGAAGGCAGCAGCUGCUGCUUCUGUUUCAGAGGUUAAGGAAGAAAAGGUAGAGGAGGUAAAGGGUGUUACAAAUGAACCCAAGAAGGGUGAUGCCAAGGGCAAAACAGCAGAUAAGAAGCUCCCAAAGCAUGUCAGGGAGAUGCAAGAAGCUCUUGCUAGGAGGAAAGAACUUGAAGAAAAAAAGGCCAGGGAAGAGGAAGAGAAGAGGAGGAAGGAAGAGGAGGAAAGGCUCAGGCAAGAAGAACUUGAAAGACAAGCGGAGGAGGCUAAGCGUAGGAAGAAGGAAAGGGAAAAAGAGAAACUCCUGAAGAAAAAGCAGGAGGGAAAACUGUUGACUGGGAAACAGAAGGAGCAACAGCGGCGGUUGGAGGCAAUGAGAAACCAAAUUCUCGCUAGUAAUGCUAAUCUUGGCCUCCCUUCAGGGGACAAAGAAGCUGCACCAGCCAAGAGACCAAUUUACAAAACUAAGAAAACAAAACCAGCUCACAAGCAUGAAAAUGGUGCAGCAUCUGUUAAUCCCGAGCAAGACAGUGAAAUAAAAGGUAAGGAAGAAGACGAGCAAGAGUUGGUAGAUGCUGGAUCUGUCGAAGAAAAGGUUGAGGAUGUGGAAACAGAAAAGGCGGAAGAGAAAGUGGUAGUUGCUGAAGGAACCAAGGAAAAUGGAGUGGAGGAAGAGGACGAUGAUGAUGACGAAUGGGAUGCAAAGAGCUGGGAUGAUGUUAGCCUCAAUGUGAAAGGUGCUUUUGAUGAUGAGGAGGUUGAUCCUGACCCGGAACCUACUGUGAAGAAAGCUUCCGCUCCACUUGCGGCCAAAACUCCUUCUUCCUCACAAGUGAGCAAAGUUCAGGAUGUUCAAAGUAAAAAAAGUAAGCCCCUUACAGAACAAGGUGGGAAGAAACGCUCUGCUGUUGCCAAAACUGGAGCCCCAGCUUCGGAUGUAGCCAGUAAAGAGCCGGAAGAAGACCUAAGAUCACCAAUUUGUUGUAUUAUGGGUCAUGUUGAUACUGGUAAGACCAAGCUCCUGGAUUGUAUCAGAGGCACCAAUGUGCAAGAAGGCGAAGCUGGGGGUAUCACACAACAAAUUGGUGCAACAUACUUUCCUGCUGAGAACAUAAGAGAGAGAACUAGGGAACUGAAGGCUGAUGCAAAAUUGAAGGUUCCAGGUUUGUUGGUUAUCGAUACCCCUGGUCAUGAAUCUUUCACCAAUCUUCGUUCACGGGGCUCCGGGCUAUGUGAUAUUGCCAUUUUAGUUGUUGACAUCAUGCAUGGCUUAGAGCCACAAACAAUAGAGUCACUCAAUCUCUUGAGAAUGAGGAACACAGAAUUCAUUGUGGCCUUGAAUAAGGUGGACAGACUCUAUGGGUGGAAAGUAUGCCGAAAUGCACCAAUUGUCAAAGCAAUGAAGCUACAAUCUAAAGAUGUCCAAAAUGAGUUCAAUAUGAGGCUUGCACAGAUCAGUACUCAGUUACAGGAACAGGGACUAAAUACUGCAUUGUACUAUAAGAACAAGGAGAUGGGAGAGACUUAUAGUAUUGUACCAACAAGUGCUAUUAGUGGAGAAGGCAUUCCUGAUUUACUGCUCCUGUUAGUUCAAUGGACUCAAAAGACUAUGGUAGAGAAACUCACGUUCAGCAAUGAAAUACAGUGUACUGUCCUGGAGGUCAAGGUUAUUGAGGGCCAUGGGACUACAAUUGAUGUUGUACUAGUUAAUGGUGUGCUUCAUGAAGGAGAUCAGAUUGUUGUUUGUGGCUUACAGGGACCAAUUGUCACUUCUAUUAGAGCUCUCUUAACACCUCAUCCAAUGAAGGAACUCCGUGUUAAGGGCACAUAUUUACACCACAAGGAAAUCAAGGCUGCACAGGGUAUCAAAAUCACUGGUCAGGGCCUAGAUCAUGCUAUUGCUGGAACUGCUCUGUAUGUGGUAGGGCCUGAUGAUGAUGUGGAAGAUGUCAAGGAGGCAGCGAUGGAAGACAUGAAGUCUGUCAUGAGCCGCAUCGAUAAAAGUGGUGAGGGGGUUUAUGUACAGGCUUCUACCCUUGGAUCGUUGGAAGCUCUGCUGGAGUUCUUGAAGUCUCCUGCAGUGAAGAUCCCUGUUAGUGGCAUAGGGAUAGGCCCUGUGCACAAAAAGGAUGUCAUGAAGGCCAGUGUCAUGCUGGAAAAGAAAAAGGAGUAUGCUACCAUUUUGGCGUUUGAUGUCAAAGUCACUCCUGAGGCACGGGAACUUGCAGAUGACGCUGGUGUAAAGAUCUUCAUUGCUGAUAUCAUUUACCACUUGUUCGAUCAAUUCAAGGCUUAUAUCGACAAUCUGAAAGAGGAAAAGAAGAAGGAAGCAGCCGAUGAGGCAGUUUUCCCUUGUGUUCUCAAGAUUAUGCCCAACUGCGUUUUUAACAAGAAAGAUCCAAUUGUUUUGGGAGUUGACAUUGUCGAAGGAAUCGCUAAGGUUGGCACUCCUAUAUGUAUUCCUUCCCAAGAUUUUAUUGACAUCGGUAGGAUUGCUUCCAUUGAGAAUAACCAUAAACCUGUUGAUACGGCUAAGAAAGGGCAGAAGGUGGCCAUUAAGAUAAUUGGCUCAAAUUCAGAGGAACAACAGAAAAUGUACGGCAGACACUUUGACAUUGAUGAUGAACUUGUCAGCCACAUUUCAAGGAGUUCCAUCGAUAUUCUGAAAGAAAAUUACCGGGAUGAUCUGUCUAUUGACGAAUGGAAGUUGGUUGUGAAGCUGAAAAGCAUUUUCAAGAUACAGUGAGGAGUUGGAACUUGGAACAAUUACUCACAGAGGGGCUGGAUGAUGCUCCCAAUUGGGAAAGUAGUUUGACUGGUGAUACGUUUUGCAAUUUUAAGCUCCGAAGGACGAUGAGCGUAAAGGUGGGUUUUACUGCAUAUUCUAAGCAGCCUUUGUGAGAAGUCGCCUCUCUUCCUGGCCACCAGUUGGUUACUACAAUUGCGGGAGCAUUUCUUGAUCAUGAUUGAGCGAUUCACUCAUCUGGUUUCCUUUUCUAAAGUGCUGGUUGUGGCCGGCUGGCCGGCCUAGUGUUGUUGAACACUGAACAGAGAGCCCAGUAUGCAAUGAUUCACCAAGGUUAGCUGCCAGACGGGACACAACAAAAAAGCAGAAGUUUUUUUUUUACCUCUAGCUAAUGAGGUUGCGAUUUCCUUGGAAAUUAAUGUUGUUCUAUUCAGAGGAUGGUGAAAUUUGUUGGUUCACCCUUCACAUUCUCUGGGUCGAGUUCUAUUUUCUUUCUAAAGAGGAGUGGAGGUUUUGUUUUGUGCAGAUUCCACUCCAUCCCAUUUCACGGAUAAAAAAAAUGAUUAUCUGAGUUUACUAUAAUCAGCGGGUAACAACCUCGUUCUGUUAUGUUAUGUUCGCUCCCUCGAGAGAUGAUUUGUGUCGCAGGUGUGCCUGCCUCUCUUUGAAGCCUUUGAGUUUACGUUGGAAUAGUGAGAUCAGAGAUGGCUUGGUAUUUGGCUAGAUGCCGUAGUGCUGCAUGAUUUGUUUCGCUAAGUUUCAUUCCCUAGAAGAUUGUCUGUGAAAUAGUCGAUCGUUUGUAAGCAAUAGAUAGGCCAUAACUAACUAAUGAUGAGAUUCAUGACUUUUUCCACUCUCAUGAGUCGUGUCUCGUCACCAAAAUCUUACCACCUAGUUUCACGACCAAGUACGAAGGGUUUGCGACAACUUAUCUUUGCAUGAAGUUGGGCCUAGUCCUCUUGACUACUGAUACUACUAUAGUUCUCCCACAUGUGUGGACUGUGGACCUCGCAGAUCUGAUUGAAUUCUUGGAGGGGUUGUUAUUUGUGAUUCGAUUUGCUUACGUCGAGUCUUUUCACGUGGCCAUUCAGUAAUAGCAACUUUGGAAGACGAUAUCGUGUAUGUAACGCUAACGAAAGGGCUCAAUACCUCACAAUCACAAUUGUAGGUGGUUCUCUCAUCUUUUCAGUGUCCAUACUGUCCUUUAUUGUUGUGUUGUGCUAAGUGGUGACUGUACGUGGGCACCGGGCUGUGCCGUCCACAUUGGCGGAGUUAGGUGAGAAGAUGUGGGGUCCAUGGACCCCACUUGGAAAAUAAAUAUACCUUAAAAAUAAUGAAAAUUUAAGAUAAAGUUAGUAAGUUUUGAACCAUGGACCCAUCUUCAUAAGAUGGUAAUUUUACCAUUGAGACAAACAUCACAUGUUAUUAAGUUUGGACCCCACUAAAUUAUAUUUCUAGCUACGCCAAUGUGUGAGCUGAACGACACUCAUUCCGAACUGCAUUUCCGGGCAAAUCCUCCUAUCAGCACCAAACGGUAUAUACUCGAAGUUUGUUCUUUUGUAGUCAAUCGAGGAGUUGAGAAAUCUUUAUGGACAAAACUUUUCGGCAUCCAUCCAGUAAUUAACUAGGGUCUCUUCCAACGGCCCAGACGUUGACUAGCACUCUAGUCUUAGCAGGGAUCUCAAACCCAUAGAUCGGUACGGACCGUCCAUGGACUAGCACGACACGAUUAGAGUACGGGCACGAAAUAAAUGGGCUAGCCCGGCACGAGCACGAAUAAUCUAUGGGCUGUGCCGGGCCUAAACUUCAUGGGCACGGGCACGACACGAUAUAUAAGUGGGCCGUGUCGGACCUAAUAUUUUCGAGACUUUAUUGAGUAUAAGAACGGACAUGACACGAAAAUAAUAUUUAUUUGAUAGAAAAUAAAUAUAAAAAGAAUUA